CUUAGACUUUUUCAUUCAAGCCGACCUGAAAAUGUUGACGACUUUGCACAAGAACGACGUGACAGGAAAUGUUGGUUCAAAGGCAGGCGACGACACGUUGGUGUACUCUUCACGACCUCUUCUCUUGACUCGUUGAGUGAAUAUCUGCCAAACAAAUGAUCCAGAGGAUUCUUUUCUGGAUGACGCUGACACUUCUUCAAGGGCGUGCCAAAAUGUCGAACUACACUCUUAAGCAGUGGCCGGCCGUGUUGGGCCCGCUGCGUCGAGGUGACCCGGUCCACCUCUUGUGCUCGGUGCUGUUUGACCCGAACGACGACACGUGUACGGGGCAGCGCAGCGUGCACUGGCUGCGAGUCGGAUCACGUUCGGGUAUCGUCCAAGUCCGUGGGAAGUCAAAUGAAGAAUGCGAGAGUCCCAAACGUUGCCUCUACAAGCUCUCCAUCGAUGUCAGCGAGUCGGAUAGCGGCGCCUACUUCUGCGCUCUGGAGGCUUGUGGGAACCUCAUAUUUGGAAAUGGAACAAAACUGGACUUUCAUGAAAACGAGACGUCGCCAGCCGACGGUUCACACAGCGACACUCUUGUGAUUUUGUCUGCCAUCUUGGCCUUAAGUCUGCUGGUCAUCGUCUUUCUGCUACACGUCAUCGUCAAAACUAAUGCAGCCUCUGUUUCAACGGAAAGCAAGAAGUCGGGUGACUUUCAAGGACAUCCAACAUUAAAUAGAAACGAAGACUCCUGUCUUAACUCUGCUGUGAUCUUCACCAUGGUAGAAAACAAAACGGUGGACGCGAUAGAGAGACGGCGCAUUCGCUAACGAGUCGGGCCGGCCGCUCCGACGCACUGAAAGCUAGCUCACUAGCAGGCUAAAUGCUAGUUAGCUCAUUUGUUAUUUUUCAGCAAUUUGAGUCAAAGAAGAAUAACUAUUUUCAUGACUUAGAGUACGAAGUUUGCAGGUGGGAUGCCUCCAUGGGGGGGAAAAAAAUUUAACAUGAAUAAAAGAAUAUCUGAAAAUCACAA